AGUGGGAGGAAGAUUCGCCGGUGAAUGUUUCCAUUUAUAAAUGCUCGUCUGGUCGCCGGUGGCUUCAAAGGCAUAUGUGAGCUCUCCCAGGGUUACCCAAGUUCAUGUGUCUAUGUCUGGUUUUUCUUUCCUUUUUUUAGCCAAUUUAGUUGAAGGCUUGAACUCCACAGACCCAACUGUCCAGGAAAAAGCCCUUGCCGAGACAGAGAACAGGCUCCGUGAUAAAGAGGCUAGUGAGGAGGAAGAAUGCAGGACAAAGGCGAACAGAACAGUGAUCAACACGCGAGCUUCCGGCAUGGAAAAUGUGGAAGCAGUGAAUUCAGACGGCUUUCUGGCAGUUUUGGAAAAGGAUGCGAAAGAGCGUGCUAAACGAAGAAAGAGAAAUGAACACCUAGCGAAUGCUCUGAAAGAGAAAGGAAAUGUUGCCUUCAGGAAAGGAGACUAUGUCACCGCCAUUGAGAAAUACACUGAAGGUCUAGAAAAGCUGAAGGACAAGCAGGAGCUUUACACAAACAGAGCACAGGCCUACCUGAAGAUGCACGAAUAUGAGAAGGCCAUUGGUGACUGUGAAUGGGCUUUAAAGUGCGAUGAAAAAUGUAUUAAAGCCUAUUUUCAGAUGGGGAAAGCUCACCUGGCACUUAAACACUUCAGUGAGAGUCUGCUCUCUGUUAAGUCCAGGCAGUGCUAUCAGAAGAUCUUAGAAAUUGAUCCCCAAAAGGAAAGCUUAUUUAAAGAUUGCAUGAAUGAAGUAAACUUAGAGGAAAAAAGAAUGGAUGAGGAAGAGAAGGCGCUGAAGGAAUUUCAGUCUGGCAAGUUUACAGCUUUGUCCGUGAAAGAACUGCUGCACAAACUUGAUAGGCCUGACCAGAACAUCCUCUACUAUACUGGAGGGAUCAGAGUUUUGACAGGAGCCAUGAAAGACUGCACUGAGCAAACUUUAUUUAGAACAAAUGAUGGAUUCAGUAUCAUCAGUGACAACAAGGUCAUAAGACAGGGCUUCUGUGCAGAGAGAAAAAACACUGCUGAAGUGGAUCUGUGUGUCUCUCUUCUCUUCCUUUGGCAAGCUGUCUGCACUGGGAAUGAGGAAAAUCAGCGUCUUCUGUUAACUCACCCUGAUAUGAAUGUACAACUGUCCAAAUUGCUUUCUUCUGGGGUACCAGAGAUCCAAAAGGAGACCUUGGCACUCAUCUCCGUCUACUCAGAAACUGAUAACGGGAGGAGACUGCUGGUCAGGCACCAGGACUUAACCAAGUGGCUACAGAUUUUGAUGAUGUUCGUCAACAGCGCUGAUGCCAGGGCUAGCAGUGCCAUGAACAUACUGACUGAUCUAACCAAAGAGGAAAAAUUCCAAACCCAGUGUCGCAUCACGUUUUCCACGGGUGUUUUACCUUUAUUCAGCCAGUUGCUGACCUCUGUCCAGCUGGUGAAGCAGACAGCCCUCUCCCAUUGCAUUGGCAUCCUGGGGAAUCUGUGUGCAGACGUAGUCAUCCGAAAGCAGAUGGCUGAUUGCCAAGAGUGCUGGCAGGCCUGCUUAAAGCUUGUGGAUGAGUGUCUUCCUGGUGGCAGCACACCUGAAUACCAGGAGUGCUUGUUUGCAGUGCUGGGCCUAAUGAUGAACUUACUGCUUGAAUCAAAUGCAGCCAUCCAGUGCUUUGCUGUGGACAUAAGCAGGAGAUGCAUGUCUCUCCUCAGCAGUAAGGAUGGAAGGAUUGUGACAAGAGCCAUCGGAGUGCUAAGUCGCAUCCUGCCAGCAUCCUCCUCGGCAAUAGAAGAAGUAGUGAAAGGAGGAGUGGUGAAGAAAAUGAUCAAAUUCUUGAAAGCUGGAGGACAGGUCACAUCCAAUUAUGCUAUAAAGACCCUUUCCAUCUGCACCAAAAGUAACAGCCAAGCUCAAGAAGAGGUGGUGAAGUCAGAUAAAAAGUUUGGUGUGCUGCUGAAGCUCUUAAACUCGGAGAAUGAAAUGAUUGUGGGAAAUGCUGCUUUCUGCCUUGGACAGUGCCUCGCAGUUCCUGGAGCAGCGGCGUCCUUACUGAAUUCCAAUGUUGUGAUGAUUUUGUUGAAACAUGCUGGUGGCGAUGCUACAAAAACUUCAGUACAGGAGAAUGCAGCGAUUGCUCUGGGGAAGCUUUGUGUUGCUGAACCAAGGCAUAUUGUUCAACUGCGGGAGCUCAAUGGAAUGGCCAUUCUGAACUCCUCUAUGAAAUAUGUGCAUAGUGGUUGAAGUCCUCAAGAAAGCUUCAGUACAUGUUGUUAAUAUCGCUUGCUGUUGAGUAUUGCUUCUUUAUCCUUUAGUUCAUAGGACUUGAGCAAACGUUUCAGUCCCUUUUUAAAUUUUCUGCUGUUCUUCCAUAGAAGCAAGUGAAACAAUAUCAAUGAAAUGUAAGAAGAAAAGUUCAUUUAUUAUCUAGUGUAACAGUUAAAGACACAAGCUUGCAUUAGACCUGUCUGUGCUGUAAUAAAUGAUGAUGACAUUUCUUACUGGCAAGUUCCUUGCUGUUGAAUCGUUUUAAAAACCAAGCAACAUUAGACCAACAGUUUGUCUAGUCUACUUUGCAGUUUGUGUCCAGUACCCAAUGUUUCAGAAGAAAAUCUAAAUGUUCUGCUGCUCUACAGUUGUGGAGUGAACGCUGUUUUGAAGAAUCCUUUCCCCAUGAGCUGUCCACUGGUGGUUAGACUAUGCUUCAGGAUAGCAUGCUUGAUAACACCUUAUUUUCUGCUUAGACCUGUGGGUGCUCAUACAUACCUGCUUAAGUGUUUUGGUCUCUCAUUUCACUAAGUGCUCAAUCUCGAUGAUAUCUUAUGUCAGUGAGGUUUACAGAUGAAUUAUGGGCUGUCUCUCCCAGCAGUGUUGUAUUUACUGUCAUAGUAAACUUAAUCAGAUUGA